AUGGUCGGCUCAAUUGUCCGCCACCUCUUCUCCCCAGCGACACGGCGACCGCUCACCACGCCAUUCACCUCCGCCGUCCUCAAACCCUCACGAUUCACACCAAUCUUCCGCUCCGCAUCACCAUCAGCAGCCUUCUCAACAACACCAGCCCGCAGCGCAACGCUGAACCAAGUCCUGCGCGGCAUUCGAAAAGGCAAACGCGCACGCCACGCCGUCUCCCCAGCCCUCUCAAACACCAAUUGCCCUGCGCUGAAGGGCGUAUGUCUCCGCGUGGGUGUCGUGCGGCCGAAGAAACCUAACUCUGGCGAGAGAAAGACUGCUCGUGUGAAGCUUUCGUCCGGGGCGGUGGUGACGGCGUAUAUUCCCGGUGAGGGACAUAAUAUCCAGCAGCAUAGUGUGGUUCUUGUUAGGGGUGGUAGAGCGCAGGAUUGUCCGGGUGUGAGAUAUCACCUUGUGAGGGGGGCUUUGGAUCUGGGUGGUGUUGCGAAUCGAACUACGAGUCGAAGCAAGUAUGGUACGAAGAAGCCCAAGAAGGCUACUGUUGGUUAG